ACGGUGACAAGUCAGCCAAAACAAUGAGUGAAUAUUCGCAAAUUGCAUGCGAGAUCUGCCGCACCAAAAAGCGCAAGACCUUUGCAAGCUAUCAUCUCGAGACGCUGACAAUGAUCGUCAAUCCNAGAGGCUUACCAUCCGGCUAUAUAGCAAGUAUCGAAGAGAGAUUGGCUCAAACAGAAGCGGCAUUACUACAGGCUCUUUCUAUAAUCUACGCAUCCCAGAUAGAUGGGUCUGAACCGUUUCCAGCCACGACCGAAAGGCCUCGUGAUAUGGAGUACAACGAAGUCAGAAUCGCUAAAGUCGAAGAGUGGCAGGGAUAUCCUCUGGAUACGGAGGAACAUCAGCGAAACUGGAUGCAGUAUAAACUCGCUACAGACCCAGCGCAAAUCGUGUUGACGACUUCAAAGCAUCAAGCAGAUCAUGCUAGUCAAUCGAGCGACAAGCGACAGUCACAAGGACACCAAACACGGAAACGGCAGAAGACCGCACAGGAGUGGCGAGGAAUCAGAGACACUUCGGAAGACUGCAGGCCAGGAUCCGAUCCAGACGCAGUGCCGCUCACACGACCACGAGCCUCGCAGGGAAACGGCGAUCUGACGACAAACAUGCAUCAAGGCGAGCUUCCUCAUCAUGAUGACGAGACCGGUAUAUCGACACCUUGGCGGCAAGGCACUACCACCAGGUCCUCAGAAUCGUAUCGUGCCUCGGAUGCGUCGCGUGUGCCCAUGACAGGAGAUGUCUACAGCGUGGAAGUACUUCCUCCCUCGGAUCAAAUCACGAGCAAAGCCAAGAGGCUUAGCACCUUGCACUCACGGAAGUACUUC